CCUCCCCUCCUUGAUGAAAGGCUGCUGGCCGCUCGCCUCCUCGCAGUGUCGGUGCUGGCAGGGCAGCUGUGAGGCUGGACAUCAAUUCUUCUCUUGUUUCCAUCAGGAAGUCCAAGCAUGAAGACCAUCCUUGCUGCCUACUCGGGGGUGCUGAAAGGCACUGGCUCCAGCAUCCUCUCCUCCCUGCAGGACCUGCCCUUGGCCUUCUGGCCAUGCGGAUCCAAGAUGGAGAAACAUCUCCAGGUCAUCUCUGUGCUGCAGUGGGUCAUCACCUUCUUAGCUUUGGGGUUAGUGUGCACGGUGCUGUUAAUCUACAUGUUCUGCACUGAUUGUUGGCUUAUCGCUGCCCUUUACACCGCCUGGCUCAUUCUCGACUGGAACACCCCCAAACAAGGUGGCAGGAGAUCGUCAUGGGUGAGAAGUUGGACAGUGUGGACUUACUUCCGAGACUAUUUCCCAAUCCGGCUAAUUAAAACCCACAACUUGCUGCCUAACCGGAACUACAUAUUUGGCUACCAUCCACAUGGCAUUUUCUGUUUCGGGGCUUUCUGCAAUUUUGGCACCGAGGCCACGGGCUUUUCCAAGAAGUUUCCAGGCAUCAAGCCGUCCCUGGCAACUUUAGCAGGAAACUUCCGGAUGCCUGUUCUACGAGACUACUUGAUGUCUGGAGGUAUCUGUCCAGUGAACAGGAACUCCAUCGACUACCUGCUGACGCGUAACGGUACAGGAAACGCUGUGGUCAUCGUGGUGGGAGGUGCGGCGGAGUCCUUACGCUGUGCACCGGGAAUGAACUCUGUCAUCUUGAAAAACCGGAAAGGCUUCGUGAGAAUGGCCCUACAGAAAGGGUCUGACUUGGUUCCGGUGUAUUCCUUUGGGGAGAAUGAUGCCUACAAGCAGGUGAUCCUGGAGGAAGGGACCUACUGGAGAGGUCUCCAGAAGAAAUUACAGAAGCUAUUGGGCUUUGCUCCGUGCCUUUUCCACGGCUGUGGCCUCUUCUUUGGCGACUCCUGGGGUAUCGUGCCAUACGGCAAACCAAUCACGACCAUAGUUGGGGAGCCGAUCACUGUGCCAAAAAUAGAAAAUCCCUGUGACGAGAUGGUGGAUUUGUACCAUUCCAUGUAUGUCAAGUCCCUGCAGUGCCUGUUUGACAAGUACAAGACCCGCUUCGGCUUGAAAGAGAGCGACGUCCUGUACAUCGAGUGAAAAGGAAGCGGGAAGCACGUAGAGCUGCGGCGGUAAAGCUUCCGAACGUCUUGCCCUCCCUUUUCGGACCUGACCUCAUCCCAGUCCUAUUUUGGUGCCGGGUUUGGAUUGUUUUCGGACUCUGAACUCCACACAGGAGCACAUUUGCUUAGGAAACCUUUGCUCCCUGCGUUGUCUGUCAACGCAAAUAAGCAUCGAUUCUGCUCAGGUGACUGGCUGGCUGCAAGGAACGGUAUAGUAGGCUGGACCAGCAUUCCUCAACACCACAUGUGCCUUUUUGUGUCUUUUUUUUUUUUGCAUGUUCUUAAUGACACCAGGUGUGUAUCUUUCAGGUGUGUGCGUGUGUUUAGGCGGAGGGGGGGAGGGGCAAGUUUGGUUAAACAAACUUUGAAACAAGUGCCAAUAAGGUUUUGUGUAACUUGUGCAAGGGUGUAAUUCUCACAAAAGCACUUUGAGAUUCUACUACAAAAUAAAAGCACAACCAAUGCAUAUUGAGUACCACUAUAACACUGGGGUGUAUAAAUCCCAAAGCUGUGCGGUGAGAGGAAUACGUGUUUGAUCCCCUGCUGGUUUUGUAAGUUGACCCGCUUACAAAGAUACGAGUUGUUUAUAGUAGUUCGUUUUAACUGAUACUGUAGAAUAAAAUAAAGGUUUUAAAUGUAUUUGAGUGAAAUAAGUAUUUGAUCAUGGUGGAGAAACCCUCCUGUAAUCCAUUCCAGUCUUGCGCAGGUCUACAAUCUGGUCUCUGAGGUCUUUCAACAGCUCUUUGGUGGUGUAGAAAUGAUUUCUGGGUAGAUGGAUUCUAUACACUUGAGUUAGGAGUACUUUUUUAAAGGGACUGUACGGUGUCAUGUCGGGGGCCGUAGAACAAAGCCAACCCGUACCAGUUGAUCUUUGGGACCUUUCUAGUUGAUCCCUAAUAUAUUCGGGGGGUAAUGCAUCAUAUAGGGCUGGGCGAUAUGGCUGAAAACUACGUUAAAUCAUGUCAUGAUAACUUAAAAAUAAAGACAACUUCAGAGUGUCUUGUUUUAUAUCUGUCCAUAUCGAUUGAUAGGCCAUAAAAAUGAUCGAAAAUAAGAUCAAGGAAAAAAUAUUUUCAAUGUAAACAUUUUGUAUUUAAAAUGUGCCCUUCCUCUGAUUUAUAAUCCCCUCAGUUAUCAAGGCCAAAAGGAAAGGAAAUGUCAACACAACCAUGGAAAACAUCCAAACAACGUAAACAAAAUGAUAAAAUCUCAUUGGACAAUUAAGAACCUCUCGAAAUAAUGGUGCAAAAAUAAGGAAUAUGCAAGAAAUGCUC